UAGAACAAAAAUGAGUCCAAAGAAGGUAGUAGUUGCAAUAAAUUUGGUUCUGGUCUUGUUUUGUUAUAGUGUUCAUCAGUUGGAAGCUCAGCUUCAAGUGGGGUUCUAUAAAAAUUCAUGCAGCUCUGCAGAGUUCAUUGUCAAGGAGGAGGUAAGAAAAGGGUUCAUGAAGGAUAAGGGAGUGGCAGCUGGUCUUCUGAGAAUGCACUUCCACGAUUGUUUUGUUCGAGGUUGUGAUGGUUCAGUGCUCAUUGAUUCCACAAACACAAACAAAGCAGAAAAAGAUUCUCCGGCCAACAACCCUAGCCUCCGAGGAUUUGAAAUCAUUGAUAAUGCAAAGGCUAGACUAGAAGAUGACUGUAAAGGAGUGGUUUCUUGUGCUGACAUAGUUGCAUUUGCAGCAAGGGACAGUGUCGAGAUAACAGGGGGGCUUGGCUACGAUGUUCCUGCAGGCAGAAGAGAUGGCAGCAUCUCAUUGGCUUCAGAGGCAUCAACGAACUUGCCUGCCCCAACCUUCAACGUCAACCAACUCACUCAAUUCUUUGCAAACAAGGGAUUCACACAGGAAGAAAUGGUCACUCUCUCUGGAGGGCACACUAUUGGCCGUUCUCACUGCACUUCCUUCAGCAACAGGCUAUACAGCUUUAAUGGAACAUCAAGCCAGGACCCAAGUCUGGAUCCCCCAUAUACAACUCAGCUGAAGCAACAGUGUCCCAAAGGAAGCACGGACACUAGCUUGGUUGUUCCAAUGAACCCUGCUAGCCCAAGCAUCACCGAUGCAGGCUACUACAUUGACAUUCUAGCUAACCGAGGAUUGUUCACAUCAGACCAGACUCUCAUAACGAAUACAGCUACGGCAAAUCAAGUGAACCAGUUUGCAAGGAACCCCACGCUUUGGAGGAGCAAGUUUGCAGCCACAAUGGUGAAGAUGGGUCAGCUUGGGGUCCUAACGGGUCAAGCUGGAGAGAUCCGGACAAACUGUAGAGUAAUCAACAAUUAAAGAGAAGACGUCAAAGGAUCGAAUUGCCAGUCAAGAUGGAUGACUCUUCGUCUAUCAUUUUCAGUUUCUGGGAUUACCCUUGUGCAGUUAUUAUCAAUGUUAAAGUUCAACGAAGAUCUUCUG